AUGAAUGACCCCACUAUGUUGCAACAAAUGUCAAGCAACCCUAUGCUUUUAAACCGAGUUAUUGGUGCACAGAGUGGAGGUUUAAGAGCGGCACUUUUAGCGAAAAUGGCAGGCUAUGGUGGAGCUGCAGACGGAACAGCUUAUAACCCUCAAAGUCAAAUGAAUUUGAGUUCACUCAAAAAUCAAAUAACAGAUGUCAAAAAGUCAAACAUAGACAUACAGAAACAAAUAAGUGAAAACGAAAAGAAACUAGAAUAUGACAGACACACAAAGAAACUAAAUGAGUUAAACGUAGAGAAAAAGAAGAAAGAAGAACAACUGAAAGAACUAAGUACAGAGGAAUAUGCGAAAAAAGUGUCAGAAAAAGCAGCAGAAGUAGCAAAAAUGGAACAAGAUGUUAUAAAUUUGAAAAACCAUACUACUCAAUAUAAAGUACUGAAAGAUGAAGAAAUAAAACAAAAAGCCCUGAAGACAUAUAUGGAUAGCGAUGAGUAUAAAAAAGAAGUUGAAGCAAAUGUAAAGGCAGAAAAACUUUUACAGUUGCAAAACCAAACCGUACAGUAUGAAAACUUAGCACAAGAAAGUAAAAAUAACGACGCAGCCAUGCAAAAGGCAAUGAAAAGCUCAGAAUAUAUAAAAGCUAAUAAUGACUGGUUAGAUGCCCAAGCCAACGCCAAAGCAGCCCAACUUAUAGGGUCAAUAAGGACAAAAAUACAAGCGGAUGAAGACAGUUCAAAUGAAGCUUUAAUGAAUGCUGACUUUAAGAACGCCUUCGAAGCUCUUCAUAGUAAGGUGAAACUAGUGAACGACUUCUCAUCUGGAAAGAAACUGAAGUCUGAAGGUUUCGACAAAGAGUUAAGAGAA